CACGAGUAAAGUUUCGUCGACACCAAGAUUCAGCACAAUGAAGUUCAUUCUUUUGGCCGCGUUUUUGGCAUGUGUUUCCGCCGCCCCUAGACGAGCGGUGUUUCCUCGUCUGCCGCUGUCGGUCAUCACAAGCGGCAAUUUCGACACGAUCCCGGAGAACAAGAUCGUCGGUGGUUCGGAGGUCGUUCCUAACUCGCUGCCUUUCCAGAUCUCUCUCCAACGCAAAAGUGGCAACAUUUUUUCGCACAUGUGCGGCGGUUCGAUCCUCGAUGAAACAACCAUUCUGAACGCUGCUCAUUGCUUUACGCAUCUUUGUGCUGGUUCUAUCCUCGAUGAAUCGACCAUCUUGACCUCUGCUGGUUGCGUCGCUAAUCAAGCCACAAGAAACUUGCAAGUCGUCGCUUCCGAACACAGCCUCGGUACCAUUAGCGGUGAGGAAGAGAUUCGCUUGGUUGCCUCAAUUCUUCCCAACGCUGCUUACGACGCAAACACUAACGAGAGAGACAUCGCAAUUGUCAAGCUAUCCACUCCUUUGGUCUACACAUCCAAAGUGGCGCCUGUCGUUCUCCCACCACCACUUUCGGAAUUGGAUCCACCAGCCGGACUCGACGUAACUAUUGCCGGUUGGGGAGACACAGUCGAAGUAAAUGGAACCGGUUCGGAUGUACUUAUCAGCGCAACCGUACCAAUCGUCGCUGAUGACGUUUGCAACCUUGCUUAUGGAGGCAACGAGAACAGCACUAUUGUAUUCCCAGACAUGAUGUGUACUGGAAAUAGUAACGCUGACGCAUGCAACCGUGACUUAGGUGGUCCACUCUUCACUGGAACUGGAGCUGAGGCUGUGAUUCACGGGAUCAUUUCUUUCGGUAUUGGAUGUGGAGCGUCCAGCUAUCCGGACGUUUACACUCAAGUAUCCUAUUUUCUGGAUUGGAUCGCUGCCAACCGGGGUUAAGCUGAAAAAGAUAACUGUUUGAGCAUAUCCCUAAUUUUCAGUGCUUUUUUGUCCUUUGACUACUGUUUGAAAUUGCCCUGUGUAUUGAUAACCUACUUCAGGUUAAUAAAGCAUCAAACCCU